AUGGGCGUCAUACGGAAGAAGACCGCCACUCGCGGUACUGAGGGCGGAACAAAAUACCACUGCGACGUCUGCUCAGUAGAUGUCACAUCUACCGUGCGCAUUGCUUGCGCACAUAGUGCUUGUCAUGAAUAUGACAUAUGCGUCCCCUGUUUCGCUGCUGGCGAGAGCUCAAAGAACCACGAUCCACGAACACAUCCAUAUUACGUCAUCGAACAAAACUCCGUUCCAAUUUACCAGCCUGACUGGGGAGCAGAUGAAGAACUUUUGCUGUUAGAAGGUGCUGAAAUCUACGGCUUGGGCUCGUGGGCAGAUAUAGCGGAUCAUAUCGGCGGCUUCCGAACCAAAGAGGAAGUAAGGGACCAUUAUAUUGAGACCUACAUUAAUAGCUCCAAUUUCCCUCUGCCCGAACGGGCUGACCCCAAUGACACAACCUUGCAAGAGCAAAUAUCGAAAGAGGAGUUCCAGGCACGUAAGAAGCGGCGGAUCGAGGCUCGGAAAGAAGCUGCGAGGGCUGCUCCCCCUGCUACGCCAAAACAGAAACCAACAGCCUCUGUACCCGCCUGCCAUGAAGUCCAGGGUUACAUGCCGGGCCGUCUCGAAUUCGAGACGGAAUUCGCAAAUGAGGCUGAAGAAGCAGUGCAACAUAUGUCAUUUGAACCGGGUGACGGGCUGAACGCAAAUGGAGAAAUGGAUCCGGAGAUGGAGCUCAAAAUGACGGCGAAAGACAUAUAUAACUCCCGUCUCACCGCCCGAACAGAGCGCAAGAAGAUAAUAUUCGAACACAACCUUUUAGAGUACCGCAAAAAUACCGCUCAGGACAAGAAACGAACAAAGGAAGAACGGGAACUACUCAACAAAGCAAAACCCUUUGCGCGCAUGAUGAACCAUGAAGAUUUUGAAGAAUUCACAAAGGGCUUAGAAUACGAACAUAACCUGCACCUAGCAAUUGCCCAACUGCAAGAAUGGCGUACAAUGGGAAUCGGAGAUCUGAAAAGCGGAGAGAAGUACGAGCAGGAAAAACAGCAGAGGGCGCAGCGGGCAGUUCCACAAGGAGCCUUCGAUCGAAUGGCGGGCACGCGGCCUAAGCCGUCACAGAAUUCCGAUACACCCUCCGCCGCCACCCAAUUAACAAUGCCAGAGCAACCACUUCGACUCCAACGCAACAACCAGAAACAACCUCCUUCCGCCCCCGAACCAGCUCUUCCCAUGAACGACUUCGACAAAGCCUUUGCCAGCACUGAAUUGAACGGGAUAUCGUCCCCGCGUCCUACAAAGACAAAAUAUGUCGUCCCCCCCAUAAACGGACUUGCGCCGUGGAAGUUGGAAAAUGACAUUGCCCCAGACCUGCACUUGCUGACGAAGGAGGAAGUGGAGCUUUGUAACAUCCUACAUCUGCAGCCCAAGCCGUACCUCGUCAUCAAGGAGCACAUGAUUAAAGAAGCAAUGAAGCAGGGUGGGAGCUUGAAGAAGAAAGAUGCGCGGGCGAUGUGUAAGAUCGACGUCGCCAAAUCCUCACGAAUAUAUGACUUUAUGGUGCAUAGCGGGUGGAUAUCGAAGGCCUGA